AUGAAAACUCCAUCGAUCUUUUAUCUUACAUUAACUCUUGUUGCCAUCUUAUCUUAUUCAGCUGCAACUUCUGCUGAUAAACAUGAUGAUUUUGUCAAAUGCCUCAAACAUGAAUUCCACAACUACUCCUCAAUUUCCAACCUUGUUUACACCCAAACCAACUCAUCUUUCAUUACAAUCCUACAAUCUUCCAUCAAAAACCUUAGAUUCUCAACACCAACCACACCUAAACCGCAAGUGAUUAUAACCCCAGACCACGAAUCCCAAAUCCCGCCUCUCAUAGACUGCGCUAAGCAAAGUGGAUUAGAGAUCAGAACUCGAAGCGGAGGCCAUGAUUUCGAAGGACUAUCCUACGUGGCGCAAGUCCCGUUCGUGAUCAUCGAUUUGAUCAAUCUCAGCGAAAUAACCGUCGACGUCGAGAAUAAAACUGCAUGGGUGGGAGGUGGCGCAACCAUCGGUUCUUUAUAUUACAGGAUCGCCCAGAAAACCCCGGUUCUCGGGUUUCCCGCCGGCAUCUGCCCAUCUGUGGGAGUCGGCGGGCACUUCAGCGGAGGCGGCUACGGCCCAUUGCAGAGGAAAUAUGGCCUCGCGGCAGAUAACGUCAUCGAUGCAAGAAUCGUCGAUGCCAGCGGCAGAAUCCUGGACAGGAAAUCAAUGGGUGAGGAUUUGUUCUGGGCCAUCAGAGGCGGUGGAGGCGCCAGCUUCGGCGUGAUUACUGCCUGGAAAGUGCAACUGGUAGAUGUUCCAGAAACUGUCACUGUUUUCAGAGUUGACAGGACGCUGGAACAGAACGCGACUCGAAUCCUCCACCGCUGGCAACACGUGGCUCCGGAGAUGGACCGAGAUUUGUUCAUAUGGGCCUUAGCAAGCAAGGUGAACACUACCAUCACUGUGUCCUUCUCUUCACUGUUUCUCGGCGGCGCCGCGAAUCUAAUGGCGUUGAUGCAAGAAAAGUUCCCGGAGCUAGGGGUAGUGAGGGAAGACUGCAUCGAGACUAGCUGGGUCAAAUCCACCCAAUUCAUGACCAGUUUUCCGAUCGAAAUACCGACGGAGAUUCUGCUCAACAGAAGUCAGGCUGGCGGUGUGAGAUACGACAAAAUGAAAUCAAACUACGUGCAGGAGCCCAUUCCCGAGUCCGGCUUAGAAGGCGUGUGGAGAUAUUUGAAUGAAUUGGAAGGGAGGGAGAGGGUGGCUAUCGUCUUUACUCCGUACGGCGGAAGAAUGGCGGAGAUCUCGGGUUCCGCCACUCCUUUUCCUCACAGAGCUGGCAAUCUCUACGCCUUCAGUUUCUACGUUUCUUGGGGAGAAGAGAAGGAUUCGGAGAGGUAUAUAAGCUGGUCGAGGAGGUUGUAUGACUACGUCACUCCUUAUGUCGCGGGAUCUCCGAGGGCUUCGUAUUACAACUACAGAGAUCUCGACCUUGGAGUGAACAACGUUGUUGGAAAGACGAGCUAUGCGCAAGCGAGUGUUUGGGGUAGGAAAUAUUUCGGCAACAAUUUCGAUCGUCUUGUUCGGGUGAAAGGCAUGGUGGAUCCACAUAAUUUCUUCAGGAACGAGCAAAGUAUUGUUCCUAACUAUAUUUAGUCAUCAAGAUUGCAACACAGUGUUUAUUUACAAGAUUGAUUGUGUUAUUGAAUAAGUAUCUCACGUCUAUUUAAUCAUUUGUACUAUAUAUGUGUGUGCGAAAUAUAUCUACUAUUUUUCUCCUA